UUAUAUAAUAUAAUAUUUGAAAGUUGCCCCAAAUCCAUCGCAGAUAUCUAAUCUACUUCAUGUAUUUGGAUAAGCUAAGCGGCGACUCGGUCAAAACUUCGUUUCAGCUAUUUAAUUUAUUUCUAUUUGUCUAGCUUAAGACCACAUACUUUUGCAGAGUUGUGUACAUUUUCAAAUGAUUGUAGAUUUAUCGUCCUUUUUUCUGCUGUUUACUAAUAUACAUAUGUACAUACAUAUAUGAUAAUUGAAAAAGGUCCUCAAAGGAAAGACGAAAUAGAUAAUUUCCCUUUAUACACAAGCAUAUGUGGUGGGGUAAGGGUAAUUGGAAUGAACGCUGAAACCCAAGACGAGCGUAAAGUUGACAAGGUGGGAAAUAAGUUUCAAAACUGUGUACGUACAUUUCCAUACGAAAUCGCACAGGGAACGCAGAGUGGAAACUGACCGAGUCCGAGUACAGAGCUGAUAAAUGAGAGAACUAGCGUUGAAAUUGCGCAUAUUAUACAAUUGAUUUUUUGAUUGAUUACAUGUAAUUUUGAAAAUAUGGAUAUUAAUAGGUGAAGUUUUCUCUCGUCCUGCUCUAGAGGAUCAAAAAAAAAAAUUAUCAUAAUAGAAUAACAAUUAAAAAUCUAUCGAUAAAUCAACCUUAUCAAGAAUUUAAUUGAAUGUUUCGAUUUUCAUUCGCGUAUAUUCAAUAAACUUUUACGGAUAACGUCUUAAAUCUCUAUACAUAUGAUGAAAUUCACCAAAUUCAUUCUGUUUUGUAUUUAUAGGAUGCUUUCCAAACUCUUUUUUCUUUAAAAAAAUAUUUAACACAGGGCUGGAAGCAAAAUAUUCGUCAUCUGAGGAAUCCAUGUCUUAAUUUUCAUUUGUACAAGUAUAAGCACUAAUAAAAUUACUAGCUUAAUAAGCAAAUACGAGUAAAAUAGCAUAUUACGCGUGGAAUUCAGCGCAAAUCAAAAUCAGUUUUGCGCUCUGCUCAGCUUUCAGCGUCCACUCUGCAAAUUAUAAAAUGGGCAUGGUUAAAUCCAAUCCAUCCGCGAGUUUUAUCUAAAUAUGUAUCUUCAUUGAUCCAUUCUUCAAAAACGUAAUUGGAUUUUUGCUGUUACAUCAGACAUACGAUUAGGCUAUAACUACCACAUAUUAUUACGAGUAAAGAGACUAAGGAAUAAUAUUUUUCACAAUAUCUCAUUUGACUAACUUUGUUGGAAUCGAUGAUUUGGGCAUGCGAUGUGCAAACCAGCUUCGCGGCUACGGCGCCACGAGAUUUCACAGCACUCGAGUAUAAACAUACGCAUAUAUGUCUGUAUGUAUGUAUUUAUAUAUGUAUAUGCCUGAAUGUGUUCACGCAUAAAUGUACAUAUGUAUGUAUGUAUGUAUCCCUUUUGCCUGUGCUAUGUUUUUUUUAUUGUUUAUUUUGUUUUCAUUGUAUUAAAGUGGAAUCAAUUUCAUUCCUCGCAGUUCAUUACUUCGCGUGAUACAUAUGUGCAUACUAAUCCAAAUACAAAUGCAAUCCCAAUCAAAUUCGCUAUUAUAAGAACAUAAAAAACAAAUAAGAAGCAGAAAGCUACCGUGAGAAAACAAGUGUAAAAUAGUAAAUCAGCAAAUCGUGUCGCGGAUACUUUUAGCUGCAUUUUCCUAGAAAGACAAAGCUUGGACAAAUCGAUUACAAAUUAACUACACCGGAGUAUUGGCGACUUCUGUCAUAUGAGUUUUGUCUGCAGAAUUCUUAAAUUCCUGAAGUGUUUGCGUUAGAAUAGCAGAAACAGCAGCUAUCGCAGUUACUCAUACAUACAUAUGUACGUCAAAUAGCAGCCAAAUCGAACACAGCAUUGUCAAUAUGGAGUAAACUGCACGUGUCUUGUACUGUAAAUAGAAAUAAAACAGCACAGGAAAAGGUCUAACACUGUGCAAUAAUUUUGUAAACUUCUAAUUUCUUCGCUAAAGUGAUCAAAGCAACAAUAUGCCAUAUUUUCCAAAUAUAAAUAAAAAUCAACAUGUUAAAAUGACAAGUAGCAACACGUCUUUAGACAACACAUCUGAUCAAGAUUACAGCGAAUUUCUAAAUGAGUAUCAGACGAAUUCGCCACAUAAUGAACCUGAAGCACAUUAUGAAGAGGGUGAAUUGGAAGCUGAAUGGCUGGUGGCCGCUGGUUUUCCACAGCUCAUAAAACCAUUUGAGCAGGGUCUCGAGUUGCGAACUUCAGAAUUGCAACCGAUAUUAGCUUCACUCUCUAUGCCUCACGCUGAAGCAAUCAAACAACGCGUUCGGGCGCUGAAUCACACAGUAAGAGGUCGGACGAAAAAUCGUCAGAAACGCAAACCUGAUAUUAGAGACGUCUUUCGGGAUUUCGAUGAGUCCAGUACAGGAACACGAUCUCGUAGUGCUACUCCUGACUCCUUAGAUUCUAUCCACGGAGACGAAGUUUGGGGAAACGCAUCCAUACCAAGCUUUGUGAGCAUUUUCGAUCACGGAUCUGUUGCAGACUCAGGAAAUGGCCAUCAGACAUUACAAUUAGGCAAAAAUCAAAAACAGCGACUUCGUCGGACACCAAGUGCUCCACUUAAAGGUUCGCAAGACAUUUUUCGAGGUUCACACGUUCGCUGUGAUAUUCCCAUGUUUGCUGCAGAGGGCAUUGAAUUGUUAGGAUUUUCUCGUAUCGGCACCAUCCACAUCCCACGAAAUCGUUCUGGAUCGGAUCCAUCCUGCUCAGUGGGUCGUGUACACGGUCAACUUAUACAAUAUUCAAACAGUGAUAACAACGCUUCAGGAGAAUCGAGUGACGAAUGUCUCUCUAAUACUGCGCAUCUGUCGAGCUCAUACUCUUCGGAGACCUCUCCGCAAAAAAUACAUUUGGACACCCCCCCACAAAGUGUACAGAACUCGCCUUCUUCUAGGGACGGCAUUAGUUUUGAAAAUAUGUGCCGUCAGACUUCUAGUCAGGAUGAAGUGGAUGUUGUUGAUAGUAAUGACGCUUCAAUGGAAAUUCGUACAGAUAUAGAUACUAUCAACGAAACAGAUUUAAAACGUCUUCAAGCUGUUUUUUGGUUAGAACUAGCUGCAUUAUUCGAUCGAAAUCAUGUUUCGCUUGAUAAGCGGAAACCAUUUAAAAGACGUCGAAAAGAAGAGGGUAACCUCUUUGGAGUUUCUUUAAAUGCUCUUAUACGACGUGAUCAGCAAAUAACAGGUAGAGACUCUACGUUGGUGCCAUUGUUUUUAGAAGGUCUUCUAGAGGAACUUAAGAAGCGGGGUGCUAAAGAGGAAGGUAUUCUGCGCGUGGCUGGACACAAGCAAAAGACUGAAAUAAUUUACCAUGAGCUAGAGUCGACUUUUUAUCAGAAGCCGAAAAAGUUUCUGCAACUAUUAAGUUUAACUAGUGUGCAUGAUCUAAGUGCCCUACUCAAGCGAUGGUUGCGGGAGCUACCUCAACCACUGCUCACGAAUGAACUAAUUCAACUUUUCUAUCAAUGCCAUGCUUUACCACCAGCGGAUCAAGCAAAGGCUUUAUCUAUUGUCGUUCAGAUGCUACCACAUGAAAAUCGAAACACAUUGCGAACAUUGAUACGUUUUCUGAACAACAUUAUUGUACAAAAAGAUUACAAUAAAAUGAAUAUGCACAAUGUUGCAACAAUAAUUGCACCAUCCUUUUUUCCGCCACGUUACAUACACCCAACGGACAAAAAUAGUAUUGAGGAACAAGUUAAAAUGGCUGCACAGUGCUGCCGUCUUACCAAUAUGCUGAUAACGCGUGGAGAGGCGUUAUUUCAAGUGCCAAAUAGUCUAAUAGAAGAAUCCAAAUCAAACAAAACACGACAGGGUAAACGUAUUUUACAUAGACGAGUCAAGGCCACAACAUCACUACUUCAUCCAAGCAGUGGUAACUGCAGUACUCCUGGGGACACUAGCCACCAUCAUACCCAUUUACAAUCGAAUCACCAGCCACGUAGUCAUGUUGUCAACGUGAUGACAGUGGAUGGCAAUACCACGGUAAAACGUCAACAGUCAAUAAACCCAAGUCAUGUACAUCGUCUAAUCAUUUGACUCUUAUGGUAAAGGAAUAUAAUAGUUGAUCUAGCUGUAUUACAUCAAAAGGGGAAUCUUUUAAGCCUAUGCAUAGAAUUACAAGAAAAUUUUUCAGAUUUUUAAUCGGAAUAAAUGUUAAAAACUAGCUUUAAAGAUAUGAAGAAAAAACAAUCUUUGCCACAUUUUACUUUCCACUAUUUAGAAAUUAUAUAUUUUAGUAACUGGUUUUUGACAUCGAGAUUAAAAAUUUUAAAACACAAAACACAAUUUGUAUGUCUGUAAAUAUAUAUUUGGUCCUUUUACACAAAUAUAUGAUAUCUUUGUACGAUACGUAAUUCAACAUAAUGUCACAAUUAAAAUAGUCAUCGGUGCAUGUUGUGUCGUGAAUAUGAGAAAUUCAUAACUUGUGCUCUAAAUAUAUAUAGAUAUAUAAAAGAUAUACAUUAUACAUAUAUGCAAAUACAAACUAAUACGUAGAUACACAUGUACGCUUAAAUAAAAAAAGGGAAAAUUUUUAAA